AUGAGGCCAACUUUCAUUCUCAACCUCGACUGCCCCUGUUCGGAGUACGACAUCACGUUCGAGCCGACGAAGUCGUACGUUGAGUUCAAAGAUUGGAGCACCGUCAUUUCAUGUCUGCAGCACGCUUUGGAUGAAGUUUGGGGCCCACUGUGCUCUGGUUUGGCUGGACAUUCUGGAACCAGACUGAGUUGCCCGAGCCAGCCUUGCCCUCUCGACGGGGUGAAAGCCAUCGAUGAGUUGGACAUGGAGGAAGAUCCUCUGACCAGCUGGUUCAAGGAGUCGAAGCAGGCGACCACACAGAACGACGAGCGAUUGCGGCCCAGAUUGCUUUCAGAUUUCGAACGGAGUCCAUUGGAUCCGGACCCUUUUGACACCAUCUGCCACGAGCCGCAGAUUUUGCCCUGCAAUCCCGAACCUCUACUUGGCUUCGUCAAGAUGGACGUAACUAUUGAAGGACCAAGAAGGGAAGAUCAGUUGGCGGGGCUCGCUUUUGAGGAGGAUGACCUUGACCGUGAGCAUGCUAUGGAAGUGGACUGGGAGUCACCCAGCCAGGUCUCAAAACCCUUCCAAGUGCAAUGGUUUGACUCUUUCGACUCUAGGAGGCCUAGGUCUGGACUGGAGCAGGGAGUCGCCAACCGAAGUCCAACGCCUGUUACUCCUUCGUCGCCCAGCUUUUCAGAAUUGGACUACGCUCAGGAGUAUAACCAUUUCAGGCCAGCUGUGCAUCCAGCAAAAAGCCCCUUUCGAGAUGUCGAUAUCGAAGAUAGGAUGCGCGGAUCAACUCCUUCUUUUGACGCGCAUUUGGAUCCGCAAUGGGACCUGUUUGAACCAGUGCAAGGGUACAGCAUCGCUGCGAGGAGCCAACACGAUGCUUCGUCAGGCACUGAACACAGAGGCAGGAAAGCUGACCAGAGCAAGCUAGGAAAAGCACCGCGUCUUAGAAGCGCGCAAGGUGCAGCGAUGCACGGCCAGGAGCUGCUAGAUCCGCACUUCUUAAAGCAAGCAGGGACCGGACGCCGGAAGACAGUCGAAGACCGCGCUUGGACGGCUGCUUCCAGUCGCAAGAAAAGGAGAAGAGAAGACAGCCACUCCCUCCCAAGACGUCCACAGUCGGCCCCGCCGUUCGCCCGUCCUAAAAAGCGCUACGGCCCGGAGAGUGGUGCUUCGCUAGCACCGUCAGAUCCCUCGAAAGGUAACACUGCUGGCACGCGCAUUGCACAAGCAUCACCGGAAGCGGCUUCCCUUACAAAGUGGAGGACUUCACGAGAUAACGAAGAGGUACAGGACAUGUACAAAGCCUGGCAGAAUCCGUGUUUCAGAGCCGCUGACUCGGACAUUCUAGAGUUAGAAAUCGACAGUCAUCCCAACAUCGUGCCCAAGGAAAUUUCCUCCGACAUGCUUCAACGGCUCCGAGUCUUCCAGCAACUAGACCGAAAGUUCAUAGCAGCCGUGGCCGGGAACACCCUUGUUAUCAUCGAUCAACAUGCUGCGGAUGAGCGGGUUCGACUGGAGGAGCUCAAAGAAAUGGUCCUUGGGGUAAAGGAUUCGGAAACAACAACGAGCUCGAAUCUACUCAAAGAAGCCAUCAAGCUGGCGCUGACACCAGCCGACGAGCAAGUCCUACGGACGCAUAAGCGCGUCGUCGAGCAAUGGGGUUGGAACUACACCUUCGAGAGGUUGCCGACAGCAGCAGGCAUCUGGAACAAAGCGCCGGGUCAUAGGGGACAGGUGCUACUCACUGCGGUUCCUCGUAUUCAAGACGCGACACUGACCGCUCCAGAUCUCCUGGAGUACGUACAGCAGCUGCAAGACACCCAAAGCACGUCGUCGGUUCCGCCGAGCAUCAUCCGUCUUCUGAACUCAAAAGCUUGUCGAGGUGCCAUCAUGUUUGGCGACUCCCUCCUCCCGGGAGAGUGCUUGCAGUUGCUCAAGCAUCUUCAGAGAACUCACUUGCCUUUCCAGUGUGCCCAUGGCCGGCCAACGAUGGUGCCCCUAGUCAAUCUGAGUGUGUUUGCAAGAAAGUACCUCGCCACCGCACCAGACGCUGACAAUGCGCGCAGCUCCCAGCGAGGGAGAAAUGCAACGGGGACUUUGAAAAGUGGAGGCACCGAAUCUGCGGCUCGUAGCACGGCUGCUCGCGGACUCUUCCAGCACGCAGUUGCGCUGAGUAGAGCUAGAAGCCGUCUGCAAAGAGCAGAGGAAUAG